AUUCGCCUGCUCAUCAUUGAUAGCAUUACCGCCCUCCUCCGGGGCCAGACCGAGGGCUCGACCACCAGCCUGGCCCAGCGAUCGCUAUAUCUCUCCAGCAUUGCAGAUCGGCUCAAGGCUCUGGCGGUCGCGCAUGAGCUGGCCGUCGUUGUCGUCAAUCAGGUCAAGGACGUAUUCGCGCCGGGCUUCGGAGGCAUAGAUCCCGACGAAGCUCUCCCGCCGAUGCUGUAUGCUACCCAGGCGAGACAUUUCUCAGGUCAAAGUCCUGGCGUCGCGAAGGAGGCUGCCCUCGGUAUUGUCUGGGCCAUCUCAGUCAACACUCGUCUGAUGCUUGCGCGCACUGGCCGACGACGAAUUCUGUCUGACGACGACCUGCGUAGUGCCAAGCGUGCGCGCUCUGACCACCCACUACAACAUCAGACCUCGGAAACCGAGGAGAAGGUACUUGUGCGCCGCAUCCACCUGGUCUUCUCGCCGUUUGCGCAUCCUGCCACGCUCGAUUAUGUCAUCCUCGGCGACGGC